UGAUGGAGAGUUUGGAUUCAUUGCUUUGUGCAGAAGGUUCUGAAAGUCUGAAGAGUUUAUGUCUGAAACUUCUCCUUUGCUUAGUGACUGUGACAGACAACAUCAGCCAGAACACUAUCUUGGAGUAUGUAAUGAUCAAUAGCAUAUUUGAAGCAAUUCUACAGAUACUCUCCCAUCCCCCAAGUCGUAGGGAGCAUGGAUAUGAUGCUGUUGUCCUCUUGGCUUUGUUGGUGAACUACAGAAAAUAUGAAUCUGUAAAUCCUUAUAUUGUGAAGCUCUCUAUUGUGGAUGAUGAGGCCACGCUCAAUGGAAUGGGGCUUGUAAUUGCUCAGGCUUUAUCUGAGUACAACAGGCAGUAUAAAGACAAGGAAGAAGAACACCAGAGUGGUUUUUUCUCUGCUUUGACAAGUAUGGUGGGCAGCAUGUUCAUAGCAGAUGCCCAUGAGAAAAUCUCAGUACAAACCAAUGAAGCCAUUCUUCUGGCACUUUAUGAAGCUGUUCAUUUAAAUCGCAACUUCAUCACAGUAUUAGCUCAGAGUCAUCCAGAAAUGGGCUUGGUGACAACUCCUGUCAGUCCUGCUCCAACAACCCCAGCCACACCACUUGGGACCACGCCACCCUCCUCUGAUGUUAUAAGUUCUGUGGAACUCCCAUUGGAUGCAGAUGUACAGACCAGUAAUCUACUGAUAACCUUCUUAAAGUAUAGCUCAAUUGUCAUGCAGGACACCAAAGAUGAACACAGGCUUCACAGUGGCAAACUCUGUCUGAUUAUCCUUACAUGUAUUGCAGAGGAUCAGUAUGCCAAUGCCUUUUUGCAUGAUGACAACAUGAAUUUUCGAGUAAACUUACAUAGAAUGCCUAUGAGACAUAGGAAGAAGGCCGCAGACAAGAACCUUCCCUGCCGCCCUUUAGUAUGUGCAGUACUGGACCUGAUGGUAGAGUUUAUUGUAACACACAUGAUGAAGGAGUUUCCUAUGGAUCUCUAUGUACGCUGCAUUCAGGUAGUACACAAACUGCUUUGCUACCAGAAAAAGUGUCGAGUACGCCUGCAUUACACCUGGCGGGAACUCUGGUCAGCCUUGAUAAAUUUGCUGAAGUUCCUUAUGUCAAAUGAGACUGUUCUUUUGGCCAAACACAACAUUUUUACAUUAGCCCUUAUGAUUGUGAACCUAUUUAAUAUGUUUAUCACAUAUGGUGACACAUUCCUGCCAACCCCCAGCAGCUAUGAUGAACUUUACUAUGAGAUUAUCCGCAUGCACCAGAGCUUUGACAACCUCUACUCCAUGGUCCUGAGGCUUUCUACCAACGCAGGCCAGUGGAAGGAAGCAGCUAGCAAGGUGACCCAUGCAUUGGUUAAUAUCAGAGCCAUCAUCAACCACUUUAACCCCAAAAUUGAGUCCUACGCUGCUGUGAAUCACAUAUCCCAGCUGUCAGAGGAGCAGGUACUGGAGGUGGUGCGAGCCAACUAUGACACACUCACACUGAAGCUGCAGGAUGGCCUAGACCAGUAUGAGCGCUACUCAGAGCAGCACAAGGAAGCUGCCUUCUUCAAAGAGCUGGUUCGAUCCAUUAGCACCAACGUCCGGAGAAACCUGGCCUUCCACACACUCAGCCAGGAAGUCCUGCUCAAGGAGUUCUCCACUAUCUCCUGAAGCCACACCUACCUGAACAGCCACUGACUGCCCUUACCCAUGAGGCUCCUGGGGAAUCAAGGGGAGAGGGGGCUGCCCCAAGGUUGGAGAGAAACACAGAUACCAAGUUCUCUUGGUGAAGGCCAUGCUUCAGUGGAGGUUGGACAGCAGGGGCCAGAGGGGCAAGCCAGGGAUGAUCGCAUUUGGGGGAGAAAUGGGUGGGCACAGGGAGAGGCCUCCAGGAAUGUGGGGACUUCCAGGGUGGACUCCCUGGAUAGCCUUUCACAUUUCCAAUUGCGAUUACAAGUUGUGGCUACUGACUAAUUUUCAGGAGCUGGCAGGUUAAGCACCAGGGUGAUGCCAGCACCUUGAAGGUCAAUGGCUUUCCUUAGCUUCUGAAAACAGAUCAACUCUCAGAUGUAGCUGGAGCCCCAUCCUGCUUCCUUUGGGCUUGGGGUUGUGCUAGGCUUGAAAUAUGUGUUCCCUGGCCCUGCUGGCACUCUGUCCAAUCAUUAGGACCCUUAGCUCAGGCUUGGGGCAGGGUAGGAGUGAGGUACCCUUUUUCUGUUUUCUAAAUUCAGAGUUGACUCCUCUGGGAAACUGGAGAUUAGAAUCUGCCCAGUGCUCUGCUGUCCUGCCACCAAUUUCUGGGUUUUGGUUUUGGUACCAGGAGUACCUGUUAGCAUUCACCUUCUUCCAGCCCAUUGACUCAUCAGCACAAUAGGCUCACAACCUUAGCUUUUCAUUUUUAAUCUGGUUUAAAUUGUCUUUAGAGUAUGUGUGUGAAAUAAACAUUGACAGGUUUUCUGAAGCCCUCAAGGUGCCUACUUUGCUGGUUCCCUUUCCAGCAGCUUCCCCACCUCCCUGCCACCCCCUCCUCUGGGAGCCUCUCCUGCCUCUGCUGAGCUCCCCUCCACAUGUCCCACCCCCUCACCCUGCUGUUGUUUACAUCUAGCCUGCCUGAGAAUUUCCUCUGGGAAGGAAUCUGUUCCUGCUGUGGUCUGGUGCCUGGGAGG